AUGAGCUUCAUGGAUGCCAAGCGGAGAGGGCCCGAGCGCGAGUUGCGGCCGGUUGGGAGGGAGGGCCCUUUGGAGAAGGAUCUCCAUGAUCUUGAGCGGCAGGGCUUCAAGGUCCAGACGGGGGUGGCAAAGUUCAAGAGAUUGGUGGACAGGCUGGGUGGCAGACGCGACACAGGGGAGCUGAGGUCACAGCUGGCGGUCGCAAGGAGCUCUCUACAGGAUGAGACCAAGGAAGUUAUGGAGAAGGUGGUGGGCCUGAAUGCACAGAGAGAGGGCCUGACCAAGCGGCAGCAGGAGAGGCUAAACAGGGCUGGCCAAAAUUUCACGGCAGUGCUGGAAGAUUUUGAAAAGGCUCUGAAGCGUUGCUCGGAUGGUGAGGCAGCGCCCCCCCGCGCUGAGUCCGCCGCCCUGUCCGAGGCGUCUGACGACCCCCUGGCGGCCAUGGAGCGCCAGGCGCUGCUGCAGCACCAGCAGCGCCAGGAGGCGGUCGUCAUGGACAGCGUGGUGGCGCACAACGAGAGCCUCAUUGAAGAGCGGGACCAGGGCAUCACCGCCAUUGUGCGUGACAUUGGUGAGCUGCACGAGAUGUUCCAGGACGUGUCCACGCUGGUCACGGACCAGGGUGCCAUGCUUGACGACAUCGAGACCAACAUAACGCACGCGUCGGGCCAAGUGGAGGCUGGGGCGAAUGUGCUGGGCAGAGCGGACCAGCACCAAAAGUCAGCAACACGCAUGAGGAUGUGCCUGGCCGUCAUAGUGGCCAUCAUCAUCGCCAUCGUGGUCAUUGCUGUCACGAAGAAUUGA